AUGGAUCAUGAAAGCAUGUGCAUGGUCAACCAUAUUAUGGUCGAUGACGAUGACAACAGUCGGCUGACUUUGGAGGAGGUGUUGGGUCCAAUGUUCGGUGGCUACAGUGGUAGUAGGGAGGAGGAGAUGUCAGCAAUGGUUUCUGCGCUUUCACAUGUGGUGGCUGGCGGUGGUUGCAGCGGCCGAGCAGGAAAAAGAGGACGUGAGGAGAACGUUCAUGUAAUGACUCAAGACUCCAUUAUUGUUCAUGGUCAACAUGGUGUCGCAGAUGGCGUAGAAGCAGCAACAGAAACCAGAUACGUAUACAAUUCAAAAACCCUGGGAGAAGACGAACAACAGCCCAAAAGAAAGUACCGAGGAGUGCGACGUAGGCCUUGGGGAAAAUGGGCAGCUGAGAUACGCGAUCCCAACAAGGCUAGCAGAGUUUGGUUAGGCACUUUCGAUACUGCCAUUGCUGCUGCUCGAGCUUACGAUGACGCUGCUCUGAAUUUUAGAGGCAGUAAAGCGAAGCUCAACUUCCCAGAAGACGUUCACCUCGUUGAGCGAGAAGAACAUGGAAACUCAUGUCGUUCGACCGGUUGCGAUGGAGCUCAACAUCCUUAA